CAAAAUAGACAGGGGUACGGUGAUUGAAUUACGCACUUUUGCCAAUAAACUGGAAAGUAGAAUUCUACAAAAGAAAAUGUCUAGUAGUUCUAAUCUGCUCGCGUCCUACGAAGCAUAUUAUGGUUCAACUGAGGGUCGAAGUACCGCCAGUUCUGGAGAGCUUGAAGAUGUUGUAAGCAGACGACAACGGCUAGGAAGUACUGAAGUCCUGGUUACGCCAUCUUUUAGUAGACAGUCGAGCAGGACGGAAACAUUUUCCCUGCUCAAAUCUGACAUCAUCCUGCGUGCCGUGACGCGUUUCACCUUCGGUCUUCUCCCCUGCUGGCCCGCACGAUUCACGAGCUGCCAUUCCACCUUCACUGCACUCAUCCUUCUGGCGCAAGUACUCGCUCUCUGUGAAUACAUCUACUGUGCGGACGUUUAUUGGCACGCCUUCAGCGGCCCUAACCAUACAGACAACACUACAGAGCCGCCAACAGGCAACACUACAGAGCCACCAACAGGCUCGCCGAAAAUUCCAUUGAUCACAUUAGUGAUGGAAAUCGGUAUUAUCAUCUCUGGUAUUGUAUCAUUCGCUUUGGCGUCCGUGUACUUCUACUCGGAUGGCCAGGACUUUAAAUAUUCUCAUUCAGAACUGAUUCCCUGUGUUCCGUUCCCAAUGGUAAACGAUGACGAUUACAUCGGCCCCACCCCCAGUGAUUGGCUCGUCACUAACAUAUGCCUUGCACUCGCUUCACUGGAUAUAUUCUUUGUAAUCCUAGUAGACUUCCAGUGGGAUGCGUAUUUCAACUUUCAUGGGGUUCACAAGUUCAUGCAUUAUCCUGAGUUCAGAGGGUACCAGAGAGGCUUUUACUACGCCUAUAUCGUUAUCUUCAAUUGGGGCUUGCUCUGCGCUGUUGUGUCAUGCUGUGUGUUUCACACUCUGGCACGUGACAUCAUCCGUCACGUGGAUGCGGUUGAGUCACGUGUUCUCAGCCCUAAUACUGGGAGCUACUUAGAGGCCCGAGAGUACCACGAGUACCUUUUGACGUACCGAGACAACCUGAUUCGGAAGUUCCGCGUCUGGUUCACAACCCACAACUUGCUGUUCUUCUUCAUCCUUCUCUGCAUGGUGUUAGACUGGUUUCAGCCAGCCAAAUCAGACACGGCAAAAACACAACUAUGGUUUUCUCAGAUUUUGGCAUCAGUCCUGGUAGCUUUCAAGUUUGCCUUCCCAUUCUUCUCGGCCAGUUUGGUGACUGCAAGGUUCCAAAAGAUGUAUUACACCAUUAACAGGCAGAAGAUGUUUCCAAUCAUACAGGAUUUGCCCAAGUUCUUGGAUUACGCUGAGAGGUGCAAUUAUGGGUUUGUUCUGUUUGGGUUCAAGAUCACAACAAAUGUGGCCUUCAUCACUAUUCUUGCCACUUCUAUUGGUAUUUUCCGCUUCCUUAGUAGUGCCGUGUCAAAUUGAGUACUUAGAAAUGGAGAGAAUCAAAUGGGGUAUCUGCAAUAUCUUUACGCACUGGGUCGCUGCCUACCACCUACAGGGUAAAUUUUGUUUUGCGAGGCUGAAGACAAAACUGGCUUGAAGUCAUAAAAUAGAUUAACAGUUUGAGACCUAAUUUUCCUUUUGGGUUUUGGGAUUCCAAUAUAAAAAAAUAUAAGUUAAUUAAAUUUGAUAUUGAUAUAGCAAAUCUAUAUAUAUUUUAGUAGAAAAAGAAAAUACGACCAAAUUGUUCGAAUUCCUCAUUUCCUAGUUUAUAAAGUACAGAAAUUUAAAGUUAUAUAACUUAUAAAGAAAAAGUUACUACAAAUGGAUAAAAAUUGGUCACUUUGGAAAUGUAGAAACGAGCUUUAUCCAUGUGUCGUAUAAUUGUGUUGUAUAGUAUUUUAAUGUCAAAAAUUAAAGUAAUGUAAUGUAAAAUUUCUGACCAAAAUGUAAAAAGGAACCUUACAGGCUGCAAUCUAUCGGAUAGUACAAAAGUGCCUUUUGUAAAUCUGAGAUAAAAUAAGAAAAACGUACUAGUUUAAAAAGUCACGGUUUAUUUUAUAAAAGGGGCAUUUUCAACAUAAUACAAUAACCUAAAAGCGCUGGUUAAAAAAUAUUAUUGUAGUAUUCCGUGCAUGUAGAUAUAAACACAUACAAGAUGUAUGCGGAGUUGCGCACGAAUUAAAAUCGCUAAGAAUGUGAA